GGGGCCGGAAGUCAAGGCGAAGGCAGGGUUGACGGUAUUUCCGUUUCUGAAUUUGCUUUAGUGUUUGGGUUUCAUCGCGGCGGCUCAAGAUGAACCGAUUUUUUGGGAAAGCGAAACCCAAGGCCCCGCCGCCCAGUCUGACUGACUGCAUUGGCACGGUGGAUAGCAGGGCAGAAUCCAUUGACAAAAAGAUUUCCCGACUGGAUGCUGAGCUAGUGAAGUAUAAGGAUCAGAUCAAGAAGAUGAGAGAGGGUCCUGCAAAGAAUAUGGUCAAACAGAAAGCCUUGCGGGUUUUAAAGCAAAAGCGAAUGUAUGAACAGCAGCGGGACAAUCUUGCUCAACAGUCAUUUAACAUGGAACAAGCCAAUUACACCAUCCAGUCACUGAAGGACACUAAGACCACGGUUGAUGCUAUGAAAGUGGGAGUAAAAGAAAUGAAGAAAGCAUACAAGCAGUUGAAAAUCGAUCAGAUCGAGGAUUUGCAAGACCAGCUAGAGGAUAUGAUGGAAGAUGCAAAUGAAAUCCAAGAAUCUCUGAGUCGUAGUUAUGGCACCCCAGACUUAGAUGAAGAUGAUCUGGAAGCAGAAUUGGAUGCACUGGGUGAUGAGCUUCUGGCUGAUGAAGACAGUUCAUAUUUGGAUGAAGCAGCAUCUGCACCUGCAAUUCCAGAAGGUGUUCCCACUGAUACAAAGAAUAAGGAUGGAGUGCUGGUGGAUGAAUUUGGAUUGCCACAGAUCCCUGCUUCGUAGACUUGCAUCAUUCAAGUACAUCAAAUAAAAUAAACACAUAUUCUGAAACCUGGGAAAUAUUUAUCUUUCCAAAUUUACAGUAACUGGUUUAGGUUUCUUUCCUUUUUUUGAAGGAAGGGUGAAUUACAUGAUUUUUUUUUUCUUCCGUUAAAGAGACUCAUUGCUUGGGGCGCUUCUUUGUACUAAAUUUGUAUUCUUUUUCUCUUACAAAAGACUAACUUGUUAUUAUCAAUGACUAUGUAAUGCUUUGUUUUAUUUCAUUAAUAAUAAUUUAAAAUAAAACCAAGGAAAUGGGAAUCCUUAAAUUUUAUGACCACAGCGUAACUUUACAAUUUCAACAUGACCUGAUGUAUUGAUAAGACAAGGAUGAAAUUGUGAGAACUGUUCAUUAUGAUUCAAAACCAUUUUCUAUUGUAGCAUUAUAGAUUGGUUAAAAGAUGGCCUUUUCGAUGGGUUUUUUUGUGUCUUGUGAGCAAAUUGUUACUGUGUCCAGUAUUGGAAUGGAAUUCUCAUUACUUUAUCAUGAAUGAAUAUUUUGAUUCUCUGGUUCCUUCAGUAUUACCACCUGACUUGUAUCAAUAAUGAAUAUUUCUUGAUAUUUAAUGUAUAGGACAUGUAUUUAUACUCAAUAAAUAUUUUUCAAAAUGA